AGCAUAACGACGGGGUCAAAUCUCGUAUUCUCUUCCGAAAUUUCAACGGUUGAAAACGGUUCGCGGGAGAAUAUGAAUUUUGUUUCUGCAUAAAUUUCAAGAGAAAUUGCUACUUUUAUAUAUUUAAAGGGCCAGUUUGAUACGUUUUUCAUCGCUCUGUCGUCUUUUAACGUUGAAAUAAGAAAAUCGAGGAAAAUCGGCAGGAAAUUAAACGCAAAAAGCAGCGAUCGACGGUUCAUAGCGUUCAUUUUAUCAGAUCUCUUGGAUUAAAUUUCGACAGGAUCCCUUUAAAAGGGCAAAGUAAACACUAAACUACGAAGCCAGAGAUGAAAGAGAGGAUUGUUUUAAUGUGGAAUGCAACUGUAAACAUCCUUGCUUGAGUAUUAUAACAAGGUACUAAAAUAACUUUGGAUUUGACGCUUUUUAUUAUGCUCUCGUUUGGUCCAUAACGUUAAGAAGCUCAAGAGAUUGGUUUUGUUUACUUUGUGUGAAAGCGACGGGAAAUAUGACAACUUCGGCGCGGAAACGUGAUUUGAAAAGCGCCAGGGAAGGCUCUGCUAUCGAAAAACUCGAUGACACUUUUAAUAGUUUUGUGGAUUGUAUGAAGCCGUUUGUGCUGAAGUUGGCCAAGAAAACUGAACGUCAAAGGAUCGCAAUGUGGAUCAAGAAGCUUUGUGAGCCACCGGGAAACGGUGCCUCGCUCAUGUCAAGAAAAAACAGGAACAUGUAUGCUCAAGUAUUGCUGGCGAUGUUGAAACGUGAUUUGAUCGAGGAACCUUUCUCUCAACAACCAGAACCUGGCCCGCUACCUACUAUGCCAGCUUACAUGUCCAUCUACGCGGAUGAUCCUACGGUACAGAGUUCACUUUCUGAACAAGAGGCUGACGAUAGUGACACAGCUCCGAGCUGGAUCAGAGGCGAGCUUGCAAACUCAUCAGACGGCAGUUUUCAAGACGAUUCCCAACAUGAAAGAGCCCAUUCGAGGAAAUCGUAUCGAAAUCACGGAGACGAGAACAGCUUGGUGUCGUCUUACGCGGGUAGUUCCAGCCUGAGGAACCAUUCCUCCGGCACGGAAAACGGAGAUAUCUCGCACGCCCGUUCGCCGUAUCAAGCCAGGAAAACUCUCGGUGGGAAAUUCAGAUACGAACCGGUUUAUUUACGAGAGAUCUUGAACAGCGAUUUGGGAUACCCGACAUCAACGCCUACCAAAGCUGCAUUGAGGAUGAAUGGUGAACAAGGAGGUUAUCUAUCUCAAACAAGAGCUCUGCCAUCGUUCACGACAGAACAGGAGGAAGAUUUAUUGAAAAGAGUCGGCAAAGAAAGAGAGGUGGAAGCGAGAACGAAAAUGGCCGAAGCGAGGUUUCAUGAAGAUAAGCUCAAAAUUCAACAACAACAUGACCUUUCUGUUCAAAAGAUUCUUGACCGUAAAAACAAUGAAUUAGAAGAAGUGAAGGCGAAAUAUCGCAGUAAAGUAACUGAGAUCGAGACGAGAUUGAAGAAGCAAGAUAAAAAGAUCGUCCAACAAGCGCGUGAACUCGAGUCGCUACGUCAGCAGCGCGAUAAACAACGAGAUGAACUGAAAAAUUUAGCCCAAGAAAAGGAAGGAACGACGAUGCAAAACGAUUUUGAGAAAAAGCUGCACGAUAAGAUCGCGGAGUUUGAGCAGGAAAAGUUUGAGAUGCAGAAGAAGCACACACAGGAAAUUCAGGAAAUUUUGGACGAAACAAACGGGAGAAUCGCGAAAAUGGAAAGUGAAAGUAAUCAACAAGUGGAAGCAGCGAAUGGAAUGGUUAAGAAUUUGGAAGUGGAAACACAGAGAUUAAGCGAGGAAUGUGAGGUGUUGCGGCGCGGAAGGAUGGGCUUGGAACAUGAGAAGGCGGAACUGCAAAAGCAAUUGAAAUCUGCCGAAUCAGAAUGUGACGAUCUUAAAGAGAGCGUGUCAAGUUACGAACGAGAGAAGCAGACUUUGGUUGGUAAUUUCGAGACGAAUAUUGCUCAAGUUGAAAAGAAAGCGAAGAAUGACGUUGAUCAUGAAAAGUCAGAAAAGGAAAAAGCGCUUGCCAAGGCCUCUUCAACAAUCACCAAGUUGAAGAAUGACGUCAGCGAACUGCAGCGGAAACUGAGGAAUCUCGAACAACAAAAACAAGACGAAAUUCAACAACUCGCCAGCCUUCAUCGUCAGGAGAGAACUGAUCUUGAACACAAUUUUGAAAACAAGGUUCGCAGCGUGCAAGACGAACUCGCUCAGGUGAGGCGAGAAAGCGAUGGACGCAUUUGUGAUCUUGAAGCAGUUCUUCGGGAGAAGAAUGCAGAGCUGGAGAAGACAGUUGCAGUACAAAGACAGAAAGAAGAAGAAGCUGAGAAUACCUUGGAAGAGUUGAAAAGAAAGAUGGAGGAGACCUCAAAGAAGAUAUUUGACGAUACAAAAACCCAGAUGGAUAAAGUUGAGCAAGACUUGGCGAAGUCCAGAACAUCUCGCGAGAAACAAGCCAAGGAGUUUACGAGACAAAUUGAAAACGAACGCGCUCGCAAUGAGAAAUUGAUUUCAGAGUUGAAGAUUUCUUUCGAACAAGAAAAGACGUACCUCAUUCGUGAAAACCAGCACGAAAAAGAUCUCUUAACGAGGGAACACGAACGUGAAAAGGAACUUUAUACGGAGAAACAGCAAAGCAAAGUGCAAGAGCUCGAAGCUCAGUCCCGCAGUAAAUCGUCCAAAGACGGGAAGGUGAUAGCAGACCUUCAGCAAGUCAACGUCUCCCUUCGUGAAGAGUUGAUGCAAAAGGAAGCGUUGUACAAACAGCAGUUGGUCGAGUUGGGAAUGCUACGUGAAGAAGAAAAGCAAACGUUUAAGAGACAAGAAGAAUCGCAGGCUGCAAAGUUCAGGUCUGAACUUGAACAGGAGAAACUACAACUUCAACGGCAGCACAGCACAGACAUGGAGCAGAUCUUGGACAAGACAAACGGUCGGUUCAAACAAAUGGAAGAAGACUACAUUACCAGAUCACAGAAAAUGCAGGAGACAAUGGAUGCGCUGAGAGAGGAAAUACAAACUCUAAAAAAUGAAAGAAUCACGUUACAGAGCUCCCAAGAGAAACGAUUGAGUACGACCAUACGUAAACACGAGGAGGAGAAAGCAAGCCUCAAACACCACCAUUCAUCAAUAGUCAAGUCGCUAGAGAGAGACAUUGAAAGACAGAAAUCUGUCACAAAAGAGGUUGAAAAACAUGCAAGAAAUGCCGAAAUCAGGUUGCAAGAGAAGAUUUCUAAAUUGCAAUAUGACUACGAGGAGAGAAUGACGAGCCUGUUGCCAAUAGAGCUUAAAGAGGAACUCGAGGAUACAAUUCGUUCGCUACGUCAGCAAAUUUCCCUACUGCAGUCACGUGCUGAUGUUUUGCAAGAGGAACUGGACGCGACGAACACUCUCUCCUCGACCUGGGAUAUGUCACGGUUAGAUAAAACAUGCGAAUAGUUCAUAGUAUCCAUAUUUGAUCGUUAUUUAUCCCCUGAGCAAAUAUUUUUCUUUAUAACCUAUAUCAUUAUGCCCAUGUUUUCCCGAAAGAUGAGGGUAGUUAAGAUAUCCCCUUAUAAAUAUAAAUCUAUAUUUUUAUCCUGUAAAUUAUUAGUUGAAUUAAAUUCUUUUUGUAUCUUUUACAAUCUCGCUAAUCGUGGGAAUUCCUGUUGCCAAGAUUAGUGG